UGAGUGUGGAGCUGCCUUGAUCCCUGAACAUUGCACCGAGGAGGGGAGCGUGAAUGGGGGCAGAAGACAGCCUGCACACUGCUGGAGCUAGCCGUGCCGAAGGGGAACCAGUGCUGUAGUGAAAAGGAUUUUUUUGGUAAUCUGAAGUAUACAUUUUUUAUUUUAUUAUUUUUUAAGACAGAAUUAUGGUCAUAGGAAAAGAGAAGGAAGCUAGAUACUUGACAAGAAAUCUAACUCUUUCCUAACAAAAUUCUAAUGUGCAUCCAGACCUGGGAAUAAAAAAAAGGAAAUAAGGAUCUAAGCAUCAGGAUUUUUUAAGUGAGUUUGCAUUCUGUAGCAGCCUAUGUUUUUCAGUACAGGAGCCUACUCGAAGGAGACUUAGUGGAUCAUUUCACUACAUCUUGUGAUCAGAGAUGUAGAGAAGAAACGGCUGAAUGAGAAGAGGCGAAUCAGUGGCGGAGAAUGGAGGUGCAACGUAGCUGGGAACCGGCAGCAGCAACGCAUUAGAUUGAAAACGAUUCCCCAUUUAUGAAGUAAAGAGAGGGGAUAUUAUUCUUUUUGUCUUCAUUUAUAUUUGGUACCAUCAUUUUUGUCUGGAAGAUACGAGCUGGGGGGCAUUUUUGUGCCAGGCAGGUCUAAUGCCAGAGAGGAGGAGGAGAGGAGGGGGCGCCUCAUCUCUUCGUGCCCCGUUUCUUUAGCGAUACGAAUGGGGAGGAGCGGCAGCAUUAGAGGAAUUUAAUAAGUUUGAAAGAGCAUUAGAGGAUUUACUAUGAAUUAUUUUAUAACAUCUCCCCACGUGCAAGCUCCUGAAUGUUGAUCCUUGGUGGAAUGGAUUAGGUCUUUAGCGGUGGAUACAAAGCAUCCAUCAGCACUCAUCCUAAUGAAUGAUGGAACGCAACAGAGUGACCAUGGGAAACCAGAGAUGGCGACAAAGAGUAUUCGUACUUUAAGGAUAAUGUCCAGGCUUUGUUCUCUUUGAAUGCACAUGUUUGUUUUACUCUUAAAUUUAGUUUGAAUCUUUUAUUUGCUGCAAUGUCCUUCCCUCUUCUGGUUUUAACUGACAGCACUCCAAAGGUUUUGUGCCGGAAGCUGUUAUCAGCUCUGCUGUUAUGGCUUCUAGGUUUAGGACUGCGGCUCAGUCUGUCUUCUUGCCAGAGGUUGGAUGAUAAAUAUCACAUAAGUAACUCCAAUUAUGGGAAGCUGAGGGGUAUUAAAAAGGACUUGAAUAAUGAAAUCCUGGGACCAGUCAUACAGUAUUUGGGAGUUCCUUAUGCCACUCCACCAACUGGUGAUCGUCGCUUCCAGCCCCCAGAAGCUCCUGCCUCAUGGUCUGAUGUGCGGAAUGCCACCCAGUUUGCCCCAGUGUGCCCUCAGAACAUCCAUGGAGUGCUGCCUGAGAUUAUGUUGCCUGUUUGGUUUACUGAUAAUCUGGAAAUUGUGGCAAGCUAUGUUCAGAAUCAAAGUGAAGACUGUCUUUACUUGAAUAUCUACGUGCCCACAGAAGAUGGUCCGCACACCAAAAAACGUGAUGAUUCUGGCUCAAAUGAUGCUCCCCGUGAUGAAGAUAUACGGGACAGUGGGAAGAAACCAGUGAUGAUGUUUAUCCAUGGAGGUUCCUACAUGGAAGGUACUGGCAACAUGUUUGAUGGCAGUGUAUUGGCAGCCUACGGAAACGUUAUUGUUGUUACACUGAAUUAUCGUCUUGGAGUGCUAGGAUUUUUGAGUACAGGAGACCAAUCAGCCAAGGGAAACUAUGGUCUAUUGGAUCAAAUUCAAGCCCUACGGUGGUUGAAUGAGAACAUAGGCCAUUUUGGGGGCGACCCAGAACGAAUCACCAUCUUUGGGUCAGGUGCUGGUGCAUCGUGUGUUAGUCUACUUAUCCUGUCUCACCACUCUGAAGGUUUGUUUCAAAGGGCCAUUGCACAGAGUGGUACGGCAAUAGCAAGCUGGUCUGUGAACUACCAACCUAUGAAGUACACCAAGAUCUUAGCUAGAAAAGUGGGCUGUACCCUGGGUGACAGCUAUGAAAUGCUCGAUUGUCUGCGGCGAAAAUCCUACCGUGAAUUGGUAGACCAAGACAUCCAGCCAGCCCGCUACCACAUUGCUUUUGGACCUGUUGUGGAUGGUGAUGUGGUUCCCGAUGAUCCUGAGAUUUUAAUGCAACAAGGAGAAUUUUUGAACUAUGACAUCCUCAUUGGGGUUAACCAAGGUGAGGGGUUGAAGUUUGUGGAGGACUGGGUAGAAGAGGAUGGCAUAUCCGCAAGCUACUUUGACUUUACCAUCUCUAACUUUGUAGAAAACUUGUAUGGCUAUCCAGAGGGUAAGGACAUCCUUCGGGAGACAAUUAAGUUCAUGUACACAGACUGGGCUGACAGGGACAAUGGGGAGAUGCGAAGGAAGACACUUCUGGCCUUAUUUACUGACCACCAGUGGGUAGCCCCUGCCAUGGCUACUGCCAAACUACAUGCCGAAUAUCAGUCACCAGUUUACUUCUACACCUUUUACCACCACUGCCAAACAGAAACACGACCAGAAUGGGCUGAUGCUGCUCAUGGGGAUGAAAUUCCUUAUGUGUUCGGAGUGCCAAUGAUUGGUGCCACUGACCUCUUCCCUUGUAACUUCUCCAAGAAUGAUGUCAUGCUAAGUGCCGUGGUAAUGACCUACUGGACAAAUUUUGCGAAAACUGGUGAUCCCAACCAGCCAGUACCACAGGACACCAAAUUCAUCCACACCAAACCAAACCGCUUUGAAGAAGUUAUCUGGUCUAAGUUUAAUUCCAAGGAAAAGCAGUAUCUGCACAUUGGUUUGAAGCCUCGUGUACGAGACAACUAUCGUGCCAAUAAAGUUGCAUUUUGGCUAGAGCUUGUCCCCCACUUGCACAACUUACCGGAGGUCAUGCAACCAACCAUGCCUACAAAAGUUCCUUUCCAUGUCACACGUAGGCCACCAGGGCCAAGGGUUGGGCCAAGUACAACCCGACGACCUAAUCCUACACAACCACCAGACGAUGAAGAUAUGGGAGACCGACCCAUUUAUUCGCAUUUCCCUGGAGAUUCCAGGGAUUAUUCAACAGAGUUGAGCGUUACAGUUGCUGUUGGUGCAUCUUUACUCUUUCUGAAUAUCCUUGCUUUUGCAGCACUUUACUAUAAGAGGGAUAAGCGUCAUGAAAUCCGUCGAAGACUCAGUCCACAGAGGAACACCACCAAUGAUCUGGCUCAUAGUCAAGAAGAGGAAAUAAUGACCCUCCAAAUCAAGCACUCUGAACAUGAAAGCCACGAUCUGGAACCAUUGCAGCCACAUGAUUUUCUCCGUCCAGCCUGCCCACCUGACUACACCCUGGCUCUUAGGCGGGCACCAGACGAUGUUCCACUUAUGACUCCGAACACCAUAACCAUGAUCCCCAGCACUAUAACGGGGAUGCAGCCCCUUCAUCCGUUCAAUACUUUUCCAACAGGGCAUAACAAUACCCUACCCCACCCUCACUCUACAACUAGAGUAUAGUUAGCGUUGCAGAAAGAAGAGGAAAAGACACUGCACCUGAUGUUAACAAUGUAUGUAGACAAACUGGUGCAUGGAGUUUCCAUUAACAUUUGGGUGGUAUGCUGUCCAGACAUGCUACAAAAUCAGAUGGAAAUGAGGGAAUUGGUAAAAAAAAUAAAGAUUUCUAUAUAUAA